CGUCAGCUAUUUGGCAUCAUGAGGUACCAAAGAAGAAAUAAGCGUAGUCAACCACCCACCGCAGGAGACUGGGGGGAUGUUACGUUUUCCUGGAUAUACAAUCAUUUAGUGGUUUAAAAUAUAACCACAUUUAGGGUCAUUUUGUUGAAAUACUUUUCUUGGAUCAUAUUUUCGACAAUUAAACCAAUGACGUUUUUGUCCAUAUGUGUCAAAGUUUGAUUUACCAGAGAGAGGCUCACGACUCAAGGAACCAAUAAUGGACCAGAACCUAUUUGGAGGGGCACCAAGGUUUCUAACUCGGCCCAAGGCCUUCUCAGUGUGUGUGGGAAAGGAUGCCACACUGAGCUGCACCAUUGUUGGUAACCCAACUCCCCUCAUCACCUGGGAGAAGGAGAAGCUGCGGAUCACAUCUGGAGGUCGCUUCAAGACAGUGGACGAUGGCGAUGUGUACCGUCUGACCAUCUACGACCUAACUCUUGAGGACAGCGGCCACUAUAUGUGCCGGGCCAAAAACAAUGUCGGGGAAGCCUACGCAGCAGUCACCCUUAAAGUAGACCUGCCAAGCAACAUGAUAGAGCGAGCCCCUGUUUUCAUGGUCAAACCCAACUCGGCACGCGUGGGACUUGGGGGGGAUGUCAUCUUCCACUGCCGGGUGGCAGCCUACCCUGAGCCUAACUUCGACUGGGAGAAGGAUGGGCGCUACCUGGGCGAGUCCAACCGCAUCAAGGUGACUUCCGACAGCGAUAGCAGCUCCCUGAGGAUCCAGAGUGUCCGCAGCCUGGACAGCGGGACCUACACCUGCCGAGCCAAGAACUCUGUGGGGCGCUCGCACGCCCCCGCCGCCUUGGUGGUGGACCUCCAGGACUCGCGGCACCUGGGCGUGGACAAGAACACCUCCCUCCUAUCCCACCUGCAGAAACGCAAGGAGGAGAUCUCCAUCUACCGCAAUGCCGAGAGCAGCUCCUCCUACAACUCCACCUCGUCCAAGAUCACAGACGACCUGGAGCAGGCCCAGCGGGCGUUUGAGCUGGCCAAGCUGCCCAAGGGUGUGUUCACCCGCACCUGCACGGUGACGGAGGGCAAGCAUGCCAAGCUCAGCUGCUUCGUGACGGGCCACCCCAAGCCCCACAUCAUCUGGAGGAAGGAUGGCUCCAACAUUGGUGAAGGCCGCAGGCACGUCAUGUAUGAGGACCAGGCCGAGAACUUCAUCCUCAAAAUCCUGUACUGCAAGCAGGGUGACAACGGCCUGUACACUUGCAACGCCUCCAACAUGGCCGGUCAGACUUACAGCGCCGUGUUGGUCAUCGUCAAAGAGCCUAAGGUCCCUUUCCGGAGGAAGCUGCAGGAUGUGGAAGUGCAGGAGAAGGACACGGCCACCCUGAUGUGUGAGGUGCCCGCCUCGGCCACGCAGGCCAACUGGUUCAUGGAGGAGACGCGCCUGGAGCAGAACACCAAGUAUCGCAUAGAGCAGGAGGGGACCCUGCGCCGCCUCACCAUCAGGAAUGUCACCACCAAUGACGACGCCGUCUACAUCUGCGAAAUGAACGAGGGCAGUCGCACUGUGGCCGAGCUCACCGUGCUGGGCAACAUCACCAAGAAACUUCCCAGGAGAACGGUGGUUCCUGUCAGCGACACAGUCAUCCUCUGUGUGGAGUUGGAGCAUCCCUGCCCCGACUCCUACUGGACGCGCAACGGCGAGCGUCUGAAGCAGGACUCCCGAGUGUCCAUCGGCUGCAGUCUCCGACAGUACACCCUCACCAUCCAAGACUGCCAAGCCGACGACUCCGGAGAGGUGGCCUUCGUGGCUGGAGACUGCAAGACGUCUACGCGGUUUUCCGUCACUGCUGCAAGAAAGCAUCCUCCAGACCCCCCCAUUGACGUGGUGGUGCGAAAAAAGACAGGCUCCUCCAUCACCCUGCAGUGGUCCCCCCCGGACAGCGACAGGCCUGUGCCCAUCAGCGGCUACAUCGUGGAGAAGAGGAAGGUGGGGGCUCAGACCUGGCAGAGGUGCAACGGCUCAGAGCUCCUCACCCAAACAGAGAUCACCAUCUCAAACUUCUCAGAGGAGGCCAGCUUCCAGUUCCGUAUCACUGCUGUCAACAGCUAUGGUCAAAGUCCCUGUCUGGAGGUGUCUGGAAGUUUCUACCUCGAGCCCACGGCGGAGGUGAAGUCCGCACUGGUGAACAGCACGGUCAUCUACGGCGAGGAGGGCUCCCUGUCCGUGGAGCUGACCGCCGUCUGCUCAGGAUUCUGGUCCCUGAAUGGACGCCUCCUGCGCAGUGGCGCCGACUACCUCAUCACCCGCUCCAAGAACACGCACACGCUGCUCAUACGCAACGUCCUGUUGGAGAUGGAUGGGGUAGAGGUCAAGUUUGUGGGCGGUGGCUCUGAGAGCAGCUGUGUACUGACUGUAAAGAUGCCACCUGUGAGGUUCACCAGUAGACCAGACCAGAUGGAGGUGGUGACCUGCAGUGCCCAUUCAUCCGCUGAGCUGACCACAGAAGUGUCUGAUUACGACGUCAAGGUGGUCUGGAUGAUGAACGGACGAGAGUUAAAGAUCGGCAAGAAGUAUGAGUAUGUCAUCACAAACCGCAAGAGGAUCCUGAUUGUCCACAAUGUCACUGAGGAGGAUGUGGGCAUCUAUGAAUGUGUGCUGGAUGAUGAUAGGAUAUCCUUGCAGCUCGCACUCAAAGAUGAGCCAGCCAAGUUCCUGAACAAGCCUCGGGGCCCCAUGGCUAUGGCCCCCAUCCUGACAGGAGAUCUGGAGCUGAGCUGUGAGGUGUCUUCUGCCAGCAGUGUGGUGGUCUGGAGGAAAGAUGGGACGGAGAUUGCCGAGGACCAAAGGACCACCAUCAUCUCCAGAGGGACGGAUAGGAGGCUGAACAUCAAGAAGGCCAAGAAGAGCGACGAGGGACACUACUCCUGUGAGACACAGGCAGACAAAAUUACAUUCCAGGUCAAGAUAAAAGAAACGCAAGACGAACAGGCUGCGUUCUCCAACAAGGAGUCUGUCCAGAAGGAGGUGAAAGCCUCCAUCUCCCAGAAAGCUACUCUGAGCUGUGAGGUGUCUGAUACCAAGACAGAGGUGAAAUGGUACAAGGAUGGCAAGCUGCUGACCUCCAGCAAGACAGUCUGCAUGGAGACAAAGGGCAAGAGUCGUCAGCUGGUGAUAGAAAAGGUGGAGAAGAAAGAUGCAGGAGAGUACACCUGUGAGGCUGGAGCAGAGAAGCUCAACUUCAAGUUACAGGUGGCAGAAGCCCAGGCUGCCUUCUCCAACAAGGAGUCUGUCCAGAAGGAGGUGAAAGCCUCCAUCUCCCAGAAAGCUACUCUAAGCUGUGAGGUGUCUGAUACCAAGACAGAUGUGAAAUGGUACAAGGAUGGCAAGCUGCUGACCUCCAGCAAGACAGUCUUUAUGGAGACAAAGGGCAAGAGUCGUCAGCUGGUGAUAGAAAAGGUGGAGAAGAAAGAUGCAGGAGAGUACACCUGUGAAGCUGGAGCAGAGAAGCUCAACUUCAAGUUACAGGUGGCAGAAGCCCAGGCUGCCUUCUCCAACAAGGAGUCUGUCCAGAAGGAGGUGAAAGCCUCCAUCUCCCAGAAAGCUACUCUGAGCUGUGAGAUGUCUGAUACCAAGACAGAGGUGAAAUGGUACAAGGAUGGCAAGCUGCUGACCUCCAGCAAGACAGUCUGCAUGGAGACAAAGGGCCAGAGUCGUCAGCUGGUGAUAGAAAAGGUGGAGAAGAAGGAUGCAGGAGAGUACACCUGUGAAGCUGGAGCAGAGAAGCUCAACUUCAAGUUACAGGUGGCAGAAGCCCAGGCUGCCUUCUCCAACAAGGAGUCUGUCCAGAAGGAGGUGAAAGCCUCCAUCUCCCAGAAAGCUACUCUGAGCUGUGAGGUGUCUGAUACCAAAACAGAGGUGAAAUGGUACAAGGAUGGCAAGCUGCUGACCUCCAGCAAGACAGUCUGCAUGGAGACAAAGGGCAAGAGUCGUCAGCUGGUGAUAGAAAAGGUGGAGAAGAAGGAUGCAGGAGAGUACACCUGUGAGGCUGGAGCAGAGAAGCUCAACUUCAAGUUACAGGUGGCAGAAGCCCAGGCUGCCUUCUCCAACAAGGAGUCUGUCCAGAAGGAGGUGAAAGCCUCCAUCUCCCAGAAAGCUACUCUGAGCUGUGAGAUGUCUGAUACCAAGACAGAGGUGAAAUGGUACAAGGAUGGCAAGCUGCUGACCUCCAGCAAGACAGUCUGCAUGGAGACAAAGGGCAAGAGUCGUCAGCUGGUGAUAGAAAAGGUGGAGAAGAAAGAUGCAGGAGAGUACACCUGUGAAGCUGGAGCAGAGAAGCUCAACUUCAAGUUACAGGUGGCAGAAGCCCAGGCUGCCUUCUCCAACAAGGAGUCUGUCCAGAAGGAGGUGAAAGCCUCCAUCUCCCAGAAAGCUACUCUGAGCUGUGAGAUGUCUGAUACCAAAACAGAGGUGAAAUGGUACAAGGAUGGCAAGCUGCUGACCUCCAGCAAGACAGUCUGCAUGGAGACAAAGGGCAAGAGUCGUCAGCUGGUGAUAGAAAAGGUGGAGAAGAAGGAUGCAGGAGAGUACACCUGUGAGGCUGGAGCAGAGAAGCUCAACUUCAAGUUACAGGUGGCAGAAGCCCAGGCUGCCUUCUCCAACAAGGAGUCUGUCCAGAAGGAGGUGAAAGCCUCCAUCUCCCAGAAAGCUACUCUGAGCUGUGAGAUGUCUGAUACCAAGACAGAGGUGAAAUGGUACAAGGAUGGCAAGCUGCUGACCUCCAGCAAGACAGUCUGCAUGGAGACAAAGGGCAAGAGUCGUCAGCUGGUGAUAGAAAAGGUGGAGAAGAAAGAUGCAGGAGAGUACACCUGUGAAGCUGGAGCAGAGAAGCUCAACUUCAAGUUACAGGUGGCAGAAGCCCAGGCUGCCUUCUCCAACAAGGAGUCUGUCCAGAAGGAGGUGAAAGCCUCCAUCUCCCAGAAAGCUACUCUGAGCUGUGAGAUGUCUGAUACCAAGACAGAGGUGAAAUGGUACAAGGAUGGCAAGCUGCUGACCUCCAGCAAGACAGUCUGCAUGGAGACAAAGGGCAAGAGUCGUCAGCUGGUAAUAGAAAAGGUGGAGAAGAAGGAUGCAGGAGAGUACACCUGUGAAGCUGGAGCAGAGAAGCUCAACUUCAAGUUACAGGUGGCAGAAGCCCAGGCUGCCUUCUCCAACAAGGAGUCUGUCCAGAAGGAGGUGAAAGCCUCCAUCUCCCAGAAAGCUACUCUGAGCUGUGAGGUGUCUGAUACCAAGACAGAGGUGAAAUGGUACAAGGAUGGCAAGCUGCUGACCUCCAGCAAGACAGUCUGCAUGGAGACAAAGGGCAAGAGUCGUCAGCUGGUGAUAGAAAAGGUGGAGAAGAAAGAUGCAGGAGAGUACACCUGUGAAGCUGGAGCAGAGAAGCUCAACUUCAAGUUACAGGUGGCAGAAGCCCAGGCUGCCUUCUCCAACAAGGAGUCUGUCCAGAAGGAGGUGAAAGCCUCCAUCUCCCAGAAAGCUACUCUGAGCUGUGAGGUGUCUGAUACCAAGACAGAGGUGAAAUGGUACAAGGAUGGCAAGCUGCUGACCUCCAGCAAGACAGUCUGCAUGGAGACAAAGGGCAAGAGUCGUCAGCUGGUGAUAGAAAAGAUGGAGAAGAAGGAUGCAGGAGAGUACACCUGUGAGGCUGGAGCAGAGAAAAUGGUGUUUAAGUUGCUAAUGAAAGAGUCUACUGCCAUGUUCCAGAAGAAGUCAGGUGUGAAGGAGACAUGCAGUGUUCAAGCCAGUGAGAAAAUUGUUUUUACCACUGAGCUGACUUCUGAGAGCGCAAGCGUGAAGUGGUUCAAGGAUGGAGUGGAGUUGAAGGAAGGAUCCAAGUAUAAGAUAAAGAAAGAGGGUCUGUCUCGUACCUUGGUGGUUAAGUCCGCCGAAGUCAAAGAUAGCGGAACAUACUCUUGUCAGACAGUGGAUGACAAGCAGGAGUUUACUGCCCAAGUCAAAGAUUCGCCUCUGAAGUUUGCGGUCCAGUUGGAGUGUGUUUCCACGGAGCUGGGCGGUACUCUGACCCUGGUGUGUGAGCUGAAACGAGCGCCGGGAGACGUUCUCUGGCGCCAUAGCGGCCGUGAGGUCAAACCCGGAGGCAGGUUCAGUGUGAGCGCUGAGGGCACCAAGCGGAUCUUGACUGUGACGGGCAUGACAAAAGAAGAUGAGGGGGAAUACAGCUGUGAAUGCAAGGAUGACAAGACCUCUGCCAAGGUCUCCAUUAAAGCUCCAAGGUUGGUAAGGCUGACCUCCAAGUUGAGCAAUGUGGUUGCUUCUGAGGGCAAGGACGCCAUCUUCAAGUGCAGUGUCACCCCAGCCGACGCCAACGUGAAAUGGCUCUGCAACAACGUGCUCCUCACCCAUGGACCCAAGUACAAGAUUGAGCACGGAGGCACCAGCCACUCUCUCACCAUCACCUCCGUGUCCCAGGAGGACGCGGGCGAGAUCAGUGUGGACGCCGAGGGCAAGGAAUGCAAGGCCACUCUCCAAGUGCAACAGGUCCCAGUGCUCUUCAAGAAGAAACUGGAGAACCUGAUGGUGGAGGAGCAGGCAGAGGUGAAACUGGAGGUGGAGCUGAGCAGGCCGUCGGCCGAGGUCAGGUGGAUGAAGAACAGCGUGGUGCUGCAGUCUGGAGGGAACCUGGAGAUCAGGGUAGAGGGGGCCAAGCAGACCCUGGUCUUCAAGAGCGUGGUCUACGCAGACAGGGGCUUUUACUCCUGCGAGACCCUGGAUGACAAGACCCAGGCCAAGCUCACCGUGGAGAUGAAGAAGAUCCAGAUAGUGAAGGGCCUGUCGGAGCUGAAGGCCACUGAGAAGGAGACAGUGACACUGGAGGUGGAGUUGAGCCAGGCUGACGUGGAAGGCUCCUGGACCAGGGAUGGGGCCAAGCUGAAGGUCGGCCCCAACUGCAGGAUCACCGGUCUGGGGAAUAAGCAUGCCUUAACCCUGUCCCAGCUCAAGAUGGAGGACGCAGGAACCAUAGCCUUCCAAGCAGAGGGGGUCCAUACAGCUGCAAAGCUUAUUGUAACAGAACCUGUUGCCAUGAUAUCUAAACCUAUGGAGGAUAUCAAAGCCCCAGAAAAAGACAAGGUCACUUUUGAAUGUGAAGUAUCUAAAACAAACGCCGAGGUCAAGUGGUUCAAGGGUGACACUGAGCUGAAGCCAGGAAAGACCAUGGGUAUCCACUCCCAGGGGCGCAAGCGUAGCCUGAUCAUCCACAAAUGUUCCCAAGAGGACCAGGGCACCUAUGUCUGCCGCACUGCUGAUGACAAGACCUCUGCCAAGCUCACCGUUCAUGCCAGAGAGAUAACGAUCGUGAAAAAUCUGGAAGACUUGGAGGUGACGGAGAAGGAGAGUGCCGCGUUUGUCUGCGAGAUUUCUCAUGACGAGGUGGAGUGCCACUGGUUCAAAGGCAGCACCAAACUCAAGGCCGGUGACAACAUCAAGAUGAGACAGGAGGGUAAAACCUAUGUGCUGCUGUUUAAGUCGGUGACGGCUGAAGAUGCAAGUGAGAUUAAAUUCACAGCUGAGAAAGUUUCCUCGACAGCCAACCUGAAAGUCAAAGAGCUGCCUGUCAAGUUUGUGAAGAAGCUCAGGGAUAAGAUAGCCAUGUUCAAGCACCGCGGGCACCUGGAGUGCCAAGUAUCUCGGGCGAGUGCUAAAGUCAAGUGGUACAAGAACAAGAAGGAGCUCAAGCCCAGCAAGAAGCACGAGAUUGGCGGUGAAGGCGUUUACCGCAAACUCACCAUCAACGACAUCGGGGAGGAUGAUGAGGACACCUACACCUGUGAUGCCGGCGAUGACAAGACCUCUUGUAAAAUGCUGGUGGAAGAACAGGCCAUCAGUAUCGUGAGGGAGCUGAGUGCUGUGGAGGUGACGGAGCCCUUCGCCGCUGUCUUCAAAGUGGAGAUCAGCAUGGAGGCUGUCAAGCCUCCCAAGUGGACGCUGAACGGCGUGGCCGUGCAGGAGAGCGCCGACGUGGAGAUGGAGCAGGAGGGCACCAUGCACUGCCUCACCUUCAAGAAGACCAAGGCAUCCAUGACGGGACCUGUACAGUUCACCGCUGGCAAGAGCAAGUCUGUGACCCAGCUCACUGUCAAAGAGCGCCCCCUAGAGGUGGUGGAGCCCAUCAAGGACGUGAAGGCCAAGGAGAAAGCCUCAGUCACCUUGAGCUGCAAGUUCUCCACUCCGCCAAAGGAGGUGAGCUGGUUCAAAGGUGAGACCACCCUGGUGGCGUCAGACAAGCUCAGCCUGAAGCUGGACGCUGCGUGCGCUCAGCUGACCAUCCAGAAGCUGAUUGGUGAGGACUCAGGGGAGUACCGCUGUCAGGCUGAACUGGCCGAGACCAAAGCCACUCUCACUGUCGAAGUUCGGGAGGUGAAGAUCACCAAGAGCCUGUCUGACACUGAGGUGGAUGAGGACAGCGACGCUCUGCUGACCUGUGAGAUCAACUACGCCGACGAGGAGGUGCAGUGGCUGCUGAACGACAAGGCCCUCUUCACCAACGAGGUCAACACCAUCACACACGUGGGGAAGGUGCACACGUUGACACUCAAGAACCUGGCGCCCGAAGACGGAGGAAUUAUUACCUUCAGUGUCCGGGACAUCAAAGAGUCAGUCACUCUUAAGGUCAAAGAGAAGCGAGCUGUGUUCCUCAAGUCUCUGGACGAUGUGGUCGGGGAGGAGAAAGGCAUGAUCACUCUGGCGUGUGAGGCCUCGAAGCCCAGGGUGUCCCCCGCCUGGAGGAAAGAUGGUAUGGUCCUGGCGGCCGGUCCUAAGUAUGAGCUGCUACACACAGGGAAGUCCCUGGGGUUGAUCAUCAAGGACGUCACCAAGGAGGACGCGGGGGAGUACAGCUGUGACCUGGGAACCGAGGUCUCUAAGUCACAGGUCGCUGUGAGAGACCUGAGUGUCGGUAUCACUAAGAGGUUGAAGUCUGCAGAGGUGAAUGAGGGAGAGACGUGCAACUUUGAGUGCAUCCUUUCACGAGAGACCACGGACGAGUGCUCCUGGACGGUGAAUGGCAAGGCCGUCGCAGAGGGCGGGCGCUUCAACAUGUCCAGCAAAGGACGCAAGUACAUGCUGACCAUCAAGGAUGUGACACCAGCUGAUGCUGGAGAGGUCGUCUUCAACCUCAAGGACCUGAACACCAAGGCCACAUUAGCAGUUGAAGGCUUAGCCAAGUCGGUGUCUCGCGAGCUCCAGAACGUCAGUGUGGUGGCAGGAGAGGACGCGGUGUUCAGCUGUGAGGUCACUCAGACCAGCGCGUCGGUCAAGUGGGCCAAGGAUGGCAAGGCCAUCAAGAAGAGCCAGAAGUACUCCCUCAGCCAGGAGGAGAAGGUCAUGACGCUCACUGUCCACAGCGUCAGCGCCAACGACUCGGGGGAAUACAGCUGUGAGGUUGUCGGAGGGGCCACCACCAAGGCCAAGUUGGAGGUCCAAGAACCCGUCCACAAGUUCACCAAGGAGCUGAAGGACAGCCAGGGGGAGGAGAAGGGGACCGUCACCCUGCAGUGUGAGACUGCCCAGGCUGCCACCAAGGUCACCUGGUACAAGGGCUCCACAGAGCUCCAGACCGGGGGACGCUACGAGAUCACCCAGAAGGAAGGUGUCUGCAGCCUGACCAUCCGGCAGCUGGAGGAGGCAGAUAGCGACACCUACUCCUGCGAUGUGGGCACGGCCAAAAGCGCUGCCAAGCUGAUGGUCAAAGCCUUACCUCCGAGUUUCAAACAGAAGCUGAAAAACCAGGAAGCCACAGAAGGCCAGAAUGUGACCCUCAGCUGUGAGUUGUCCAAACCUGGGGUCAAAGUGCAGUGGAAGAAGGGCUCAGAGAAUCUUCAGGCCGGAGACAAGUAUGAGAUGAAGCAGAGAGACUCUUCUCUGGAGCUCCAGGUCAAAACUCUGAAGGUGGAGGACAGUGGAGAGUACUGCUGUGAGUGUGGAGACCAGAGGACCACCGCUACCGUCAGAGUCAAGGCAUUGCCUGUGACGAUCAAGCAGAAGCUACAGAGCCAGGAGGCUGAGGAGGGGGGCAGUGUCACCCUGCACUGUGAGCUCUCCAAACCUGGACUCCCUGUGGAGUGGAGGAAGGGAACACAGCAGCUGAAGUCUGGAGGAAAGUACCAGAUGAAGCAGGACGCCUCUGUGAGUGAACUCCUGAUCAGCAAAGUGGCUCCAGAGGACAGUGGAGAAUACAGCUGUGUUUGUGGAGACCUGAAGACCACCGCCAGCAUCAAGAUCAAGGCUUUGAAGGCCCCUGCUCCUGCAGUCCAUUCCAAAGAGGAGCCUCAGAAACAGGAAACCAAGGGAGGCCAAGCUGUGGAGGCCCCGGCUGCUCCAGUAGCUACCAAGGAAGAACCUCAAAAGCUGAAGGGGGAAAAGGGAAACCAAGCGGUGGACACUGCAGCUGUUCCAGAACUUUCCAAAGAGAAAGAGAGCAAGGCACCAACAGAAGCCCCAAAACCUCUCACACCUGUAGAGACUCCCAAGCAUGAGAAUCAGAAGCAGGCACCCAAGGAAGGGGAAGCAGCUCCAACUUCUGCAGUCGCUCCUAAGAAGUCCCAGAAGCAAGAGGCUAAAGAUGCUGGAGAAGUCCUAGAGAAGCCCUCAGUUCCUGCAGCUCCCAUCACUCAAGGACCAGUGAAGCAGGCGACCGAAGUGGAAGUACCGAAGCCUGCAGCAUUGGUUGUGGCUGCAGUACCUGCUGUACAUCCUGCACCUGCCGUACCUGCUAAGGAACCUGUGGUAACUGCACAGGAACCUGUGGUACCUGCACAGGAACCUGUGGUACCUGCAAAGGAACCUGUGGUACCUGCAAAGGAACCUGUGGUACCUGUACAGGAACCUGUGGUACCUGCAAAGGAACCUGUGCUACCUGCAAAGGAACCUGUGAUUCCUGCAAAAGAACCUGUAGUACCUGCAAAGGAACCUGUGGUAUCGGCAAAGGAACCUGUGGUACCGGCAAAGGAACCUGUGGUACCUGCAAAGGAACCUGUGAUUCCUGCAAAAGAACCUGUGGUACCUGCAAAGGAACCUGUGGUACCGGCAAAGGAACCUGUGGUACCGGCAAAGGAACCUGUGGUACCGGCAAAGGAGCCUGUGGUACCGGCAAAGGAACUUGUGGUACUUGCUAAGGAACAUGUGGUACCUGCAAAAGAACCUGUGGUACCUGCUGCACCUGUGGUUUCUGCAGUCACCCCCCAAAAAGAACCUAAGAAAAAGGAGACCAAACACGAAUCAGAAGUCAAUGAAGAAGUUGUGAAGCCUGCUGCUCCCGCUGCCACCGAGACAGAAGUACAGAAGAAGACUGGGGACAAGGAGGCUGUUGUUGGGACCCCUGAGGCACCAGUAACUCCCUCUGGGGCCCAACCUGACAGUGCAAAGGAGGAGAUGGAUGCAGUGCUCCCGCUCCAGGCUUUUCCAAUUACUUUCACACGAGAGCUACAGAGCCAGGAGGCUGAGGAGGGGGGCAGUGUCACCCUGCACUGUGAGCUCUCCAGUCCUGGACUCCCUGUGGAGUGGAGGAAGGGAACACAGCAACUGAAGUCUGGAGGAAAGUACCAGAUGAAGCAGAUAGGGUGUGCUAUUGAGCUUCAGAUCUGGGACUUGAAGUCUGAGGACAUGGGAAAAUACACUUGCAGCACAGAAGAUAUAGUGAGCUUGGCUUGGCUUACAGUUAAUGCUGUUCCAGUCGUUUUCACACGAGAGCUACAGAGCCAGGAGGCUGAGGAGGGGGGCAGUGUCACCCUGCACUGUGAGCUCUCCAAACCUGGACUCCCUGUGGAGUGGAGGAAGGGACAAGUGGGUCUCUGCCCCUGUGCCAAGUAUAGCAUCAGCCAGGAAGGGCCAAGUGCCAGCCUCGUCAUCCAUAACUUAGACCCGGACGACUCCGGAAGCUACACCGCUGACAGCAGCCAGCGGCACAGCACGGCCUUCCUAACCGUCAAGGCUUUGCCUGUCUUCUUCAGAAGUGGGCUGCGGGAUGUUGUGGAGGAGGCAGGGCAGAUGGCCACCCUGCGCGGUGAGACCACCAGGCCCUGGGCGGCCGUGGUGUGGAGGUGGGGGGACACGGUCCUGGAGGCCAGCAGCAAGUACCACCUGAGACAGGAGGGAGUUGUAGUUCAGCUGACGAUAUUUAAACUACAGGGGGCUGACUCUGGGGAGUACUCCUGUGAGACAGGCGACCAGAGGGUUUCAGCCAACCUCACAGUGAAGGAGGUGGAGGUGACCAUCGUCAAGUUCCUGGAGAGCUGUGUGGUGCGCCAGGGCGACGACGUCCACUUCCAGUGCCUGGUGUCCCACACGGACACGACCCGGGCCCAGUGGACGCUGCAAGACGUCCCCCUGCAGAACAAUGAGAUGAACGUGAUCAGGGCCGAGGGCUGUGCGCACAGCCUCACCCUCAGGGGCGUCACCCAAGCCGACUCGGGCACCGUCACCUUCUCAGUGGGUAACCACACCUCCACAGCCAGCCUGACGGUCAAAGCGGCCCCCGUGGAGUUCAAGAAGGAGCUGACGAGCCAGGAGACAGUGGAGGGGGCUAGCGCCACCCUGUCCUGCGAGACGACCAGCGCAGAGGCCUGUGUGACCUGGAGAAAGGGCUCCGUGCUGCUGACCCAGGGGGAGAAGUACUCCAUGGAGCAGACGGGCUCCAUCCAUACCUUGGUGGUGCUCAAGCUGAGGGCGGAGGAUGCUGGGGACUACACCUGCGAUACGGGGGACAAGCAGAGCACUGCCACCCUGACUGUCAAAGAGCGCGUCGGGAUCACCCGCAUGCUCCACGACAUCACGGUGACCACCGGACAGGACGCCGUGUUUGAAGUGGAGCUCUCCCAUGUCGGGGUGGCGGGAGCAGAGUGGUGGCUGGGGGACAACCUGCUCCAGAAUAACGACCUGAACGAGAUGAGCUGCGAGGGCAGGGUCCACCGCCUGGCUCUGAGGAUGGUCACCACGGACGAGUGUGGGGACGUGGCCUUCGUGCUGGGGGAGGAGAAGAGCGUGGCCUGCCUCCUGGUGGAGGAGAAGCCUAAAGUUCUUAUCCUAGAAAAGCCCCACAAUACCACCGCCCUGGAGGGUGAGACCGUCACCCUCUCCUGCACCAUCUCCGAACCCGAGGCCACCGUCACCUGGGUCAGGAACGGCGAUACGGUCAAAGCGGGGCCCAAGUAUGACCUGAGGAGGAACGGGCCUCUCCAGCAGCUCCGCAUCCACAACCUGGAGCCUGGGGACUCUGGGACGUACUCCUGCGACACCGGAGACGCCCAGUGCUCCAUCACCCUCACCGUGGAAGGUGCUCCGGUGUUCUUCCAGAAGGAGCUGAAGAACCAGGAGGCCAUCGAGGGAGAUGAUAUCACCCUCAGCUGCGAGAUGUCCAAGCCUGGCGCUCACGUUGAGUGGAGGAAAGGAGGGGUGGUGCUCCAGGAGGGUAAGAAGUACCAGACGAAGCAGGAGGGGUGCGUUCAGGAGCUAUGCAUCCGCAACGUGGAGCCCGAGGACAACGGCUACUACACUUGCGAUGCAGGAGACCAGCUGACCACAUGCUCAGUGGCUGUAGAAGCCAAAGAGGUCUUCAUAGUGCGUGGUCUAAAGACCAUCGACGUCUUUAUGGGGGAGUGGGCCACCUUCUCCUGCCAGCUGUCUGGCAGGGCAGCCGGGGAGGUGCAGUGGUGGCUGGACGGCACCCUUCUGGAGCACAACCCCUUCAGCGAGAUAGGGCUGGCCCCGGGCCACGUCCACACCCUCACCCUAAAGACGCUGGAGCCCGACGACUCGGGCAUGGUCACGUUCAAGGCUGGCAGCCUGGUGUCCACCGCCAAGCUCUUAGUCAAAGACCCCACAGUAGAGGUGGUGAGCGAGAUGGCGGACCUGCUAGUGCUGGAGGAGCAGCCAGCUGAGUUCAUCUGCCAGUACUCCCGGCCCGUCAAGGCCCAGUGGCGGAAGGACGGUCGGCCGCUGCAGCCGGACGGCCAGAGGGUGGUGGUGGAGCAGGACUGGAAUGUGGCCCGCUUGUUCAUUAGCCGCGUGUCGGCCGAGGACAGGGGCACCUACUCCUGUGAGGCAGAGGGGACCUGCGUGGUCGCCUCGCUGGAGGUGGAAGCCAAACCCAUCGACAUUGUGCAGGGCCUGGAGAACCUGGACACCAUAGACGGGGGCGAGGCGCUCUUUGAGUGCGCCCUCUCUCGUCCCGAGACCAAAGACUGCCGUUGGCUGCUGAACGGCAAGCCAGUGAAGGAGUCCCCCAACGCGGAGAUAGUGGCGUUCGAGAGCGGCCGGCGCCACCUGCUGCUGCUGAAGGAGCUGCGCGUCGGGGACAGCUGUACGGUGAGCUUCCAGGCCGGGAGUGCAAGCACGUGUGCCCAGCUCUCAGUCAAAGGCUGGCAGCUGGACGUGGUGAAGGGUCUGGAGGACACGGUGGCGGUGGUGGGCCACACCGUGGAGUUCUGCUGUCAGCUGACGGAGCCCGUACCCGAGGCCGAGGUCAACUGGUACGCCAACGGCGCCGAGCUGAAGGCAGGCGACACCUGGGCCAUGCGGGCAGACGGCUGCUCCUACCACCUGGUGCUGAGACAGGCGCCCGCCUUGCCCAUCCAGGAGAUCACCUUCGCAGCCCGCGACGCCAUCUCUAUGGCCAAGCUGACUGUCAUUGCUGUGCCAGAUCCCCCGGAGGACCCAGAGCUGGUCAACAAGAGUAAACAGUCAGUGACCCUGUCCUGGUUCACCCCCCUCCACGACGGCGGUAGCCCCAUCCUGGGCUACAGGGUGGAAAUGAGACUGGCCGACAGCGCCCUCUGGCUGCCCUGCCACACAGAGCCUGUGUGUAACACAGAGUUUGUGGUGGACAACCUCAUUCCUGGCGGUGGCUACCGGUUCCGAGUGUCAGCUAUCAACAAAGCUGGAACGGGAGAGCCCGUUCAGCUACCUCAGACCGUCCAGCUUGAGGCUCCAGUGACAGUGGACAAGCCCCUGUCCACCUCAGACCUGCAGGUGGGCCAGAUGGCUCGUGUGGAGUGCCAGCUCUCUGCUGAGGGGGUUUCAGUCACGUGGCUGAAAGACAGCAAGGAGCUGGAGAUGGGGGCCAAGUACCAGGCCACCACUGAGGGCAGGAGCCAGGUGCUGCUCAUCAAGGGCUUUGAGGCCAGCGACCAGGGGGUGUACACUUGCGUGACCCCGGGAGACGCCGAGAGCUCCAUCAACCUCAACCUGAAAGAGUCUGAUAAGGCAGAGCUUGAGGAGGGCAUCCAGCCUAGCUUGCCCCCGGAGGCCGCCUCCGAGGGGGACGUCCACGCCCUGUGGGAGGCCUUGGCUAAGAAACGGCGCAUGAGCCGCGAGCCCACCCUGGACUCCAUCUCAGAGCUACCAGAGGAGGACAAGGAGCCCAAGGAGCCAGCCAAAGAGGAGACAGCAGGUGAGAAUCAAGAGGCGAAGGCCCUAGAGAACGUGGAGAUUAAAGUUCCAGAGGGAGAGCGGGCCGCGGAGCCCAGCCUGUACAUUAGCUCUGAAGACGAGGCCAUACCGGGAGACCCUACGCUGGUCUCCUACCUGAAGAAGAGCUGCAAGGCUACUCUCUCCUCAGGUCAGUCCAUCGCCACCGACAGGUUCUACGCCCAGAUGUCCCAGGUGUCGGAGCAGACCACCAUAGUGGUCCAGAAGACUUCUUCACAGGAGGCCGUGGUUUCGGACCUCACCGAGAAGGACGAGCCAGAUCUUCUAGAUGCCGCUGUCAAGAUCCAGGCGGCCUUCAAGGGCUACAAAGCCCGUAAGGACAUGCGUCCUGUCUUCAAGGACAUCUUCAAGGACCAGACCAAGGAGCCCAAUGGGACCAUCCACCUGGAGUGUGUUGCGGAGGGAAAGCCCGACAAGGUGCGCUGGCUGAAGGACGGAGAGGCUCUAGCCGACGGCAAACACCACCACAUCGACAUCUACAACGACGGCACCACCUCCCUGGUCAUCACCGCCGUCACCACCAAGGACACCGGGGUGUACACUUGCGAGGUCACCAACAAGUUUGGCGUGACCAGCCACAGCGCCAAGGUGACGGUGGGCUCAGCAAGGGAGUCGUCCGGCCGCCGCCCGCUGACGGUGGGUUACAGCGCCGACAGCGAGCCCGAGAGCUCUUCGGGCAGCGAGAUGGACGAGUCCUUGAGGCAGGCCGGAAAACGCCUCCGCCGGCUCCUGCGGACGCGUCUACCGCCCAACGUGGAGGAGGAGUCCUUCAUCAGCGCCGACGAGGGAGACCUGUCCCCUCCGGACCCUCAGUCAUACCGCGAGGACGAGCGCCACAUCUACAUCCGCUUUGACGCGCGGCCUGAGGCCGAGGUGGCCUCCCAGAAGUUCCAGGAGAUGUUCACCGCCCAGGGCGUCCCCGUGGAGACCACCAUCCUGGACGGCCAGGGGCUGAAGGUGGAGCUACGCAUCAUGAAGAUGGGGUACACCCAGGACGGCUCCCAGACCCCCACACAGGAGAAACCGAUGCCCUCUUUCAUGACGGGAGCCCCUGCCGCCCCUGUCUUCCUGACGGAGCUGCACAGCCAGGACGUGCCUGACGGCUACCCGGUCAGCUUCGACUGCGUGGUGAUCGGCAAGCCGCCGCCCAGCGUGCGCUGGUACAAGGACGGCAAGCUGCUGGAGGAGAACGACCACUACAUGAUCAACGAGGACCAGGAGGGCUGCCACCAGCUCAUCAUCACCACGGCGCUGCCCUCCGACAUGGGCGCGUACCGCUGCACGGCCGAGAACGGCAGCGGCAUCGCCGCCACCAAGGCGGAGCUCAGGGUCGACGUCUCCUGCAGCUCAGAUUAUGACACUGCUGCCGAUGCCACGGAGACCUCCUCCUACAUCAGUGCCAAAGGUUACCAGUCUAGGGAAACGGAGGCCUUCGAGUCUGUGUCUGAGGACGACCAGCUCCCCCAAGUGGUGGACGAGCUUCACGACGUCCACAUCAGCCCAGGCUCACCCGUCGCUAAGAUGCAGCUCAGAGUCAAAGGCUUCCCCAGGCCCAGGCUGUACUGGUUCAAGGACAGCUGCCCGCUGAGGCCCUCUGACCGGCUGCUGCUGAAGACCAAGGGGGACAUCCACAGCCUGGAGGUCCUGAAGGUCAACAGGGAGGACACCGGGGAGUACUCCGUCUACAUCAGCAACGCUGCCGGCUCCGCCUACUCCUCGGCCAGGCUGCUGGUCCUAGGCCCAGGAGAGAUUGUGCCAGAAGAUCCUAAGAUAGACUCCAAAGAGCCUCUGGUGCCUCCCCGCUUCCUGGAGAGGUUCAGCAACAGGAAGGUGAAGCAGGGAGCCAGCAUCACCUUGUCUGUCAAAGUGGAAGGUUCCCCUGCUCCCCUGGUGAGCUGGUUGAAGGAGGAGUCGGUCGAGGACGUGCUGUGGAUCAAGCCUGACACCAAGGGCUUCAAGGUGGCCAGCUCCGGGUGCCAGCACAGCCUCAUCCUCAUGGAUGUGGGCCCAGAGUACAGCGGCGCCUACACCUGCAUCGCCACCAACAGGGCCGGCCAGUCCAUCACCACCGCUCAUCUGGAGGUGGAGGAAGGGCCACGACCAAAGGAAGAGACCAAAGUUCCAGAAGUUUUGGGCAUCACCAUCACUCCUCCAGAGGACGAAGCAGCCAGGGGGAAAGCAGAGAGUAAGAUCCCCUUCCUGGGUGACGUGGGGACCGAGGAGUUCCUGCUGAAGCUCACCUCUCAAAUCACGGAGAUGGUGUCCGCCAAGAUCAGUCUAGACAGCUUACAGAACCAUCAAGUGCUCCAGUGGAUGAAAUCAUGGCCCAAACCACCCAGUGCCUCCCUCCGAGUCCCAGGGGCCGACAGCGACGACGAGACCAAGACCCCUUCGGCCAUGUCCCACCAAGGCCGCUCGCGCCCCGCCUCCCUCAUAGUGGACUCCUCCUCCGAGUCAGACGAAGGAGAUGCGAGGGGAGAGAUGUUUGACAUCUACGUUGCCACGGCCGACUACAACCCCACCAUCGCCAACAAAGAGACCAUCGCUCUGAAGGAAGGCCAAUACGUGGAGGUUCUGGACUUGGCGCACCCACUCAAAUGGCUGGUCCGGACCAAACCCACCAAAACCACCCCGUCGCGCCAAGGAUGGGUGUCUCCUGCCUACCUGGACAAGAAACUGAAGCCGUCUGCUGAGGCUGGUGACCUGCCGGAGACGGGGUCGGAGGAGGUGUCCGAGGGCGAGUACAGGAAGAGACUAAGCCAACUGAUACAGGAACUAAUUAGCAGUGAGGGAGAGUUCAUCAAGGAGAUGGACUUCUUCACCUCCCACCACCUGAAGCAGGUGGACAGUCCUGAUGCCCCCUCAGACAUCGCCAGCCAGAAGGAGGCCAUAUUCAGGAACGUGGAGGAGAUCAAGGAUUUCCAUAGCGGGUCCAUGCUUCCCAAGCUGAACGAGUGUGACACAGACGAUGACGUGGCCAUGCGCUUCCUGAGAAACACCGAGGGCUUUGAGAAGUACCUCCAGUACCUGGUGGGCCAGACCCAGGCUGAGUCUGCCAUCAGCGACAAGGCGGUCCACCGCUUCUUCAAGGAGUACACAGAAACAGUGCAGGCUGAGGCCGAUUCUGAAGGAGCUCCAGUCCUGAGCAUCAACUCCUACCUGCAGAGACCCUUAGACAGGAUCCAGCAGUACAAGGCCCUGCUCAAGGAGCUCAUCCGGAACAAAGCCAGGAACGGUCAGAACUGCUGCCUGCUGGAGGAGGCCUACGCCAUGGUGUCAUCCCUGCCCCAGCGGUCUGAGAACACCCACCACGUGUCCCUGAUCGAGAACUACCCAGCCACCUUGGAUGUCCUGGGAGAGCCCAUCAGACAGGGGCCGUUCACGGUGUGGGAAGGGGCCCCUGGGAUCAGGACCUCAUCCAGGGGCCACCAUCGCCACGUGUUCCUCUUCAAGAAUUACGUCCUCAUCUGCAAGCCCAAGAGAAACACCAACACGGACACUCAGACAUACGUUUUCAAGAACAUGAUGAAGCUGAACAACAUCGACUUGAACGAGACCGUGGAGGGGGACGACCGGGCCUUUGAGAUCUGGCACGAGCGCGAGGACUCUGUGAGGAAGUACACCCUGCAGGCGCGCACCGUGGUCAUCAAGAACUCCUGGCUCCGAGAGUUCAGAGACCUGCAGCAGCGCUACAGCACGCCUGCCUGGAGUCCCCCUGACUUUGACGAGGUCCUGGCUGACUGCACCGCUGAGCUGGGCCAGACCAUCAAGCUUGCCUGCAGAGCCACUGGAACCCCCAAGCCUGUAGUCACCUGGUACAAGGAUGGCCGUGCUGUGGAGGCUGAUCCUCACCACAUCAUUAUCGAGGACCCCGACGGCUCCUGCACCCUCAUCCUGGACAACAUGACGGCCGACGACUCGGGCCAGUACAUGUGCUUCGCCACCAGCACCGCAGGCAAUGCCAGCACGCUAGGAAAGAUCACCGUCCAAGUGCCGCCGCGCUUCAAGAACAAGCUGAGGAACUCCACCCUGGUUGCUGGAGAAGAUGUCCAGUUCAGCUGCAUCAUCCAGAGCGCCCCUCUUCCCAAGAUCAGGUGGUUCAAGGAUGGCAGGCUGCUCACCGACCAGGAGAAGUACCAAACCUACAGUGAGUCCAGGAGUGGUGUUGUGGUGCUGGUCAUCAAGGGUCCCACUGAGAGGGACCUGGGACACUACGAGUGUGAGCUGUCCAACCGCCUGGGCAGUGCUAGAUGUGCAGCUGACCUGGUCCUACCCACGGCUGUCGCUCGGACAGGGGAACAAGCCAUCACCAUUGAAGUCACUGAGCAGGAAACUAAAGUACCAAAGAAAACCAUCAUCAUCGAGGAGACCAUAACCACGGUGGUGAAGAACACUCGUCUGAAGAGACGCGGGGCGUCCCCCGGGCGGCUGUCAGCCGGGGCCCACCGCUCUGAGACCUCCACCCCGGAGCCCCCCGCAGCCAGCAGGCAGAGGAGGCAGCCCACCCCCAGAAAGACCACCAUCCCCACCCUCUACGUCACCGAGCCGGAGGGAGCAUCGGCCAGGCCGCAGCCCAGGUGGGUGGAGGUGGAGGAAAUCAUCGAGUACAAGGUCAACAAGUCUCCCAUGCUGUCCAGAAGGAGGGGCGCCUCUCCUGCGGGCUCCGAGCGAUCGCCGACCCCCACCUCCUCCGCCCGGCUGAGGAGGUACACCCCGGGUAACCCCAACAGGAACAACUCCAACAACAAGCCGGCCCAGGCGGAGCUCCAGGGGGAGGUGGCCACCAGCCAGCCCCUAGUCUGGGAGGAUGAGGAGGGGGCCCACGUGGCUGAGCUCGGUCCCGGACUCGGCGGAGGAGCCUGGGAGCUCUCCUCUGUCCUGAGCCCCGAUGAUCAGGAGGACCAGGAGGACAGGGAGACCAUCGUCGCAGAACCGGAUGAUGACGACCGCGCUAACGACCCUCUGGGGAGCCUGGAGCCCAAGAUCCUGACCCAGGGAGGGCGCGCGCUCACCCUGGAGGACCUGGAGGACUACGUCCCAGGGGAGGGGGAGACUUACGGCUCCACCAGCGCUCCGAGCCCCCCCGCUGAGAAGCCCUGCGAGAUCUCCGUUCUUCAGAGGGAGAUCGGCGGCUCCUCCGUGGGCCAGCCCGUCCUCCUCAACGUGGGCUGCCCCAUGGCGGCGCCCGGCCCCAGACCCGGCUUUUUCAGCCGCUUCAGGGAGCACCUCACCAGCAGCCUGUUCUCCCACCACCCCACUGCAGGCCAGGCCCAGAGGGUGAGGGAGGUGCCCAUCGUGGUGAGCCAAGUGGCCGCGUUCAGCCACGCCAAGCUGGAGGUCAAGCCCUCCUACUGCUCCGAGGUGCAGAGAGUGGAAGUAGGCCAGCAGAGCUACAAAACCAAGUUGUCGGCGCAGACCUAUGGGUACACGUCUGUGGGCAAACCAGUCACUCUUCAAAUAAGCAAGAAGAAUCUGUGUGAAAACCAAUAACCGUAAAAUAGCUGGGGUAGAGCAGUCAUUUGUAUUAGGUACAAUAGCCCUUUUAGUCUUAAAUGGGAACAUUUCUUCUUAAAUGUUAAAAUACAUAUUCUAACAUUGCAUAUACUGCAAAUGGCAGACCAUUCCAUUUUGAAGCAACCCAUCGGAAAGUGAUAGAUCCCCUGCUAUGUCUCCUGUUAAACGCUGAAGGUCAGCCGUGGUGAGGAGGAAACUGUUAAAGACAAGGUGAGCAUUUGCAAUGUGGUUUUGGUUCUUUCAAAAGCAUUCUGUGCAAGCCUCAAAGUAAUGCAGCUUUGCCACCAAUGUGAUGCAGAAGAAAUUACAAAUAUGACUUGCCGAGUAUGCAGUGAUACCACAUGGGACUUUCUAACCAUGUACAGGCUCGCCGCCCAUCUGUUAAGCAGUGCAGUUGCUUUUGAAUGACACUGUCUUGUAAUUCCUGUCAGAGAUCAGACUACAGCAUGUCACAAGUCAGUGUAGAGGUUUAAUUACAUGACAGACCUCCACUUUAACACAAGGAAUGUCACUUUUUGUACAUGUAUAUUUCCUGCCUAAGGAAAAACUGGUAGACGAAAUAUCAAGCCUCAACAGUUUGCACUGUACAGACGAGCACAGAGAUUUGUAGUAAGAUAUCCUACAGUAAACUGAGUUUUUAAAAGAAUGAUCGCAUUAUACAGUUAAGUUUUAUGUUGAUAAAUGUCACUGGGCUGUAUUGAGAGAGCUGAUGUGAUGGUUCAAAUGAGUCAAUAGUGUGACUAAUUUUCUUUGACUUGGGCUGUCCGUAGGGAAGCAUUUCUAGGUGUGCGCCUAUUACUGAAUUCUGCAAGUUCGUACUAAGUUGUGAUGCUAAGAUAUAACUUGGGGUGUGGAGUGAUCUACGUCUAUGAUACAGGUGUGAUGUAAAUGUUUGUGUUUACUUCAGGUACCCAUUAUAGCAUGUCAUCCUGCACUGAAUAGUGUUAUAGAGGUCAUUCCUUUUUCAUUGAAUGAUUUGAAUGCUGAUGUUGAUACAGCACCAAUAAAAUGGGACUGACCUCAAAAACGUGAAGGGUUUUGUUUAGAGAAGUGACUGCAUGACAUUUGCUUUUUAAAACUGAUUGGGUGAUAAUCUCACUGAUUAAAUCCUGUAAUCCUGUGUUGUGUAUCUUGGUCUACUGAGCAUUGCGCAAUGGUUAGUUAGUUCUGUCUCACUUAAUUUACUAAUUUUAUCGUGUUUAAACUUGAUUUCCUUCACAGAGAUGUUUUAGUGUUUUUUUGAAUGAAAAGCUUAACAUGGUAAAUUGUGUAAAUUAAACAUAAAGGCACAAAUGCGUCCGCGUUUAGCUGAUGGAAUUAUGCUUGUGUACGUGGGCUAGUGUUGAAUGUGAAUAAAAAUUGAAUUG